AUGGAAUCCCAGCCCCAAACCCGCUACCUCAUCCGCCAGCCAGUGGCCCUGCAAUGGUUCGACAACGGCAAGCUCGUCAAGCGCAGGGAAGAAGAGCGCCAGGCCGGCCGCUUCGAGCUCUUCCUCGACCUGCUCUACGUCGCCAUCCUGGCCAACUUCGCCGAGAGCCUCGCAGAGGAUGUGACGGGCGUGAAGCUGGCCAAGUACAUUCUGAUUCUUGCGCCGUCAUGGCACGUCUGGUCCGACCUCCGCGAGCUCAUGAACAGCUUCUUCAACGACGAUAUCCUCCAGCGCGUGCUCAUCCUCUGGAUCAUGGCCAUCCUGAUCGUGUACGGCAACAACGCGCCGCUCGUCGACGAAAGCCUCUCCGCCAUGCGCUCCACCGUCGGCGCAUACAUGGCCGCGCGCAUGUCCGCCAACCUCGCGCACCUCUUCUACUCGUUCAGCAGCUACCACCACCGCGCACAGCAGCGGCUCUGGUUCGUCCUGUCCACCCUCGCGCUCUGCAUCUACAUCCCGCUUUACUUCGAGGGCGUCUCGCUGCGCAGUAAGAUCGCCGUCGCCGCCGUCGCAGAAGUCUUCGAGGAGUCGCUCUGGAUGUUCUGCUACUCCCCCAUCGCCAAGCGCCUCCUCCGCGCCCGCUACACCACCGCCGUCGACAUCCCCCAUGAAAUCGACCGUUUUGCCGCAUUCUACAUCAUCGCGCUCGGCGAAUUCCUCUACACCAUUAUCGUGGGCUCCCCGGCCGCCGUGGGCUUCAAUCUGUCCCUCCUCCGCGCCGUGUGGACGCUCAUCAUCGCCUUUUGUCUGAAUUGGAUGUACCUGCACAACGACUGCGCCGUCCACUUCACCCACCCGCUGCGCCAUACCGUGCUCACGGCUUUUGCCUGGGUUACCCUCCACCUCCCGCUCAUCGCCAGCCUGCUGGCCGGCGGCCACGUCUCGGCGGCCAGCGCCGAUGAAGAAGAGUCAUUUACCAUGGGCCAGCGCUGGCUGCUAUGCGCCGGGCUCGGCGUCGGGGUAUUCUGUCUGUACAUCAUGGCGCUCCUGUACUCGUCCAAUGAUGCCGGUUGCACGUUGAUGCUACCCAAGAAAUUCCGUUUAAUCAUGCGACCGGCCGUGGGGCUGAUUUUGGUCCUGUUGCCGCUUGCGAAGAGUCUCAAUCUGACCGAGACACUGUCCGUGAUUAUGGCUUUGGUUGUGUUUUGUCUAAUAUGGGAGAAUGUGACGAGUUUGCAGCGCGGUGCCAAGUUUUGGGAGGCCUGGACGGAUACGCGGUAUCCUGAGGGGGGCAAUAAGGCCCAUAAGUUUGCAAGAGCGACGACGACGACGACGAAUACUACGACCACUACCACGACUGGGGAUGAUUCGGAGAGGCGGCGUUCUUCGGUGGUGUCGAACCCUGAGGCGAAUUAUGUGAAGGAUGCGCCGUCUUUGGAAGCUGGAAACAAUAUAUCCGGCCGAGGUACAUAG